UGUUCCCCGCCCCCGCCGGCCAGCUCGCCCUUGCUCUGCCGGCGCGCGUUCCUAGGGCGCCACCUCUUUGCGACUAGCUCAUUUCUCAGCAGGUUGGCCCCAGAGCGUGUGAACCUUUUCGGGCUGGGCUCGCAGCUCCUCUCCAACCUGCACCGCCCCAGCUGGGCCGCUCCGCCCCGCCGCCGGAACCCGCCCUCACGGCCACCUGGCCCUCGCAUCCACGACACGCGCGCCUGCAACUUGUUCAAGGGCGUUGUGGAAUCAACUUUCCGGAAGCAACCAGCCCACCGGAGGAGGUAGACCGACAGCUAUGUAUAUAUACGCGCUCUCCCGCAAGUGGCUGUGCACCCAGAGGCCCGGGUCGCAGGGCAGUUGACUCCCGCGGGACACUCGCGUUUGAGGAAGGGGUUUACCCUGCCCCAGGAACCCCAGACUGCUGCCGCCAAGACUAAUUAGGCAUUGCUAUGGGAGUCACGGCAACGCGCCACGCAUCCCCGACGCCUGUGUAAAACGCUCGGGUUUUCGCUCUUCUUUCAGAGGAAGCUCUCCGGUUCCUUUUUCCCUUCUCGGGUCCCUUUUUGCCUGUGUGGUUUGGGAGAGGCACAGUUGGAGGCGCUGAUUCCUACAGAAGUCCCAAAGCCAGCGAGCGGCACGAUGCUGCGGAGGCUGGUUCAGCAGUGGAGCGUCCUGGUAUUCCUGCUCAGCUACUCCGUGCCCUCCUGUGGGCGCUCGGUGGAGGGACUCAGCCGCAGGCUAAAACGCGCGGUGUCCGAGCACCAGCUACUGCACGACAAGGGCAAAUCCAUCCAAGACUUGCGCCGCCGUUUCUUCCUCCACCACCUGAUCGCGGAGAUUCACACAGCCGAAAUCAGAGCUACCUCGGAGGUGUCCCCCAACUCCAAGCCUGCUCCCAACACCAAAAACCACCCUGUGCGGUUCGGGUCGGAUGAUGAGGGCAGAUACCUAACUCAGGAAACCAACAAGGUGGAGACCUACAAAGAGCAGCCGCUCAAAACACCCGGGAAGAAGAAGAAGAGCAAACCCGGGAAGCGCAAGGAGCAGGAGAAGAAGAAGCGAAGGACUCGGUCUGCCUGGCCAAGCAUAUCUGGGAACGGCCUGCUUGAGGACCCUCUGCCUCACACCUCCAAAACCUCGCUGGAACCCAGCUCAAGGACGCAUUGAAACUUUCAUCGCAGAUCUUCCAAGGACACGUUACAGGAUUUUGUAAUAGUAAACAUAUGGAAAGUAUUAGACAUAUUUAUUGCCUGUACAUACUGUAAAUGCAUUGGGAUCAAACCGUCUCCCCAGGAAACUGCACAUUGGUCAUGUGAAUAUUUUUUCUUUUUUUGCCAAGGCUAAUCCAAUUAUUAUUAUCACUGUUACCAUAAUUUAUUUGUCAAGUGAUGUAUUUAUUUUGUAAAUGUAUCUUGGUGCUGCUGACUCUGUCUGUGUUUUGUAACAUAAUGCACUUUAGGUUUACAUAUUGAGGAUGUUGAUGAAUUUAACGUGAAAAAGUGUCUAUUUUGUGGUUGAUUUUAAUGAAUGCUGAAAUAUAAUGAUCUAGAUUGAUUUCCUUCUGUGCAUGUAAAAAUGGCAAUAUUUUAAAUUUGUAAAGAAUGUCUAAUAAAAUAUAAUCUAAAUA